ACCGCUGUCAUGAUUAGACUCGCCUCACACACAACUCUCCUCUAAAUCUGCACCAUUCUAGACUCUUCUGUGCUCCUUACAACAUCUUGAUCCUGUGUUCAUAGAAGAGGGAGCAAUGACUGGCCAUCACUGGGGAUAUGGGAAGGACAACGGUCCAUCAGAAUGGCACAAAGACUAUCCCAUUGCUGAGGGUAACCACCAGUCACCUAUUGAUAUAGUCCCCGCUGAGGCAGUAUUUGAUGCCAGACUGUCUCCUAUCUCGCUGUGUUACAACAAUUGCACCUCUGUCAGCAUAUCAAACAAUGGCCAUUCUGUGGUGGUGGAGUUCACGGACUCGGAUGAGAGAUCAGUGAUCCAGGGAGGUCCUCUGGAAGACAUGUACAGACUUAAACAGUUUCACUUCCACUGGGGAGGCAAGGGUUGCCGUGGCUCGGAGCAUACGGUUGGUGGGAAAACCUACGCUUCUGAGCUUCAUCUGGUUCAUUGGAAUGCUAUAAAGUACAAGUCCUUUGGUGAGGCAGCAGCAGCACCUGAUGGCCUGGCUGUCCUCGCCAUCUUUCUGGAACUCGGUGAUGUGCACAGAGCUCUUCAUCAGAUAACAGAUGCCUUGUAUAUGGUUAAAUUCAAGGGAAGUGUUAUUAAUUUUAAGGGCUUUAACCCUAAGUGCCUCCUGCCGAACAGUCUGGAGUAUUGGACGUACCCAGGCUCUCUCACAACUCCUCCACUGUAUGAGAGCGUCACAUGGAUCGUGCUGAAAGAACCCAUUUAUGUGUCAGAUAAGCAGAUGGGAAAGUUCCGGACACUGCUGUUUAACGGAGAGGAAGAUGAUGACCGAAAGCACAUGGAGAACAACUUCCGCCCACCACAGCCGCUGAAAGGCAGGACGGUGCGGGCUUCUUUUGAGUAGCCUGGACCACCAGUUGUGAUCGCAUGUAUUGGAGUCACCUCGGAGGUUGAAAGAUGAAUUAGAAGGGUGUGGGGUUUGUUCAGUCAUGUCUCUCUCUGUCUGCUGCUUAAAGGUUUUGGCCAGUGACCUCAAACACAGUUUGACUGUGACGUUGAGCUCUUUGAAUCCAGGGCUCUGUGUUUUUAGAUCCCUUCUCAUCCACCUUGAUCAGGCUUGUGCAAACAGGUCCUUGUUGCUGGUGGCUGAGGUAUUUGUGCUUUCAAAGGGUCCAAGCUGAUGGGAUCUGAAAAGCUUGCUCUCUGCUAUAGUCUGUAAUCCAGGAUCUGUUAGUGGCCACCAGAGACUCUUAACUUUUGAUAUAGGGCAUGUGUGGGGUUUAAGUUGUUCGUAGUAAGGCUCGUGGUGCUUUUAGGAACACAGACUUGGUGGUGGCAGGAUGGCACUCCAUUAUCACUGAAAGUUGCAUUAAUAGAUGAAAGUGACUCAGUAAUGUAAUUUGUUUACCUGACUGUUGAGUUCAUGAAGUUUUUACAGACUCUUAUCAACACUGCGUUCUGUAGUGAAUGUUCCUGUGCUGUCACUGAAGCCUUAUAAAUGUUCUGACGGUAAUAGGAGGGUGAUGUUUGAGGGCUUGAAAUGACUGAUGGAUUACACUGCUCGCACUUUAAAACAGUUGCUGUUAUUAAUGGAUUUCCUAAUGGAAUCUUUGGCAUGACUGUAGGAUUGAUACAGAAGAUCUCUAG